AUGGAGAGUUUAUUUGAUGUCGGGAAAGUCUUGACAGUUGUUUUUACGUUUGCGCUCCACCGGGACCUCUGUUCCUCUUCCCCAGUGGAACUCAAGGUGGGCGUCAUGCUCAUUUCGAACGCGGACGCCCCAUACACGAUGCAGCGCGUGGGGCCAGGGAUCCACAUCGCCAUAGAGAAAGUGAACGCGGAGAUUCUGAACUCCAGCUACAAACUGGUGCCCGUGACGAGAGCGUACGAUAACACGUGCAGCGCCAGGAACGCAACAGGUGUUGCGGCUGAACUGUACUACAGAGAAAACAUCAUCGCUCUGAUUGGUCCAGCCUGCGCAUACGCCUUGGACGGAGUUGCCCGGAUGGCUGCGUUUUGGAAUAUUCCUAUUAUAACUGGUCUUGGCGACGCCGGAAUGUUCAAGAACAAGACGGACUACCCGACGAUGACGCGCUUCGCCUACUGCCAGUGUCGUCUGCGCAAGGUGUUUGGCAGCGUCUUCAAGCGAUUCAGCUGGAAGAACAUCGUCGUCAUCUACGACGUCAACGACGCCCACUCAGACGUGCUCGGGGAGACCCUGAAGGUCGGCCUGCAGAAGGGCGGCAUCUACCCCUACAUGAUCCAGUACUACAGCAAGAAGCGGACGGACGUACGGAUGUUGUUGAGAGUCGCGGCGGCCAAUGCCAGAGUUAUCAUCUUGAUUCUUCCGGGCAACUCACUCAGGGAGUUUAUGCUCACUGCGCAUGACAUGGGAUACACGGAAAGUGGGGAAUUCGUCUUCAUGGAUGUCGAACUGUUUCCCUUUCCGGGUGACUACUGGGGCGACCACAGCUGGUCGAGAGGCGACAGCCUGGACGAAUCGGCGAAGUCGGCGUACGAAUCGCUUCUGAAGAUUUCCCUGCACGAACCUGAGAGCGAAACGUGGAUCAAUUUCACCUGUGACGUCAUCACGGUGUCGAGUGAUAUGUACAACUUUACUUUCGGAUCAGAGAGGGUGAACUACUUUAUUGGCGCAUUUCACGACGCGGUGAUUAAUUACGGGACGGCCAUUCAAGAGACGCUGGAACUGGGGAUGGAUAUCCGGGAUGGGUACACUGUUACAAGGAGGAUGUGGAACAAAACCACACAAGAUCGUAUGACGUAUGUGUAA